GGAAAAAAAAAAAAAAACUUCGACCAACAGCAGCAGCAGCAAACAUAUGUCAAAAGGGCAAUUACAGCAGGUUUAUAUUGAUAGUGAUUGUUUAUUAUACGACAAGUGAUACCGAUAGACUAAUACAUACAUAUACACCAUGGUUAAAUUAACUCAAAUUGAUGACGAAACUUUUGAAAACGUCGAAACUGUUCCAACUCCAAAGACCACUGUGAAUGAAAGUGAUGAAAGUGAUUCUGAAUCUGAAUUAGAAGAUGAAGAUGAUUUUGAUUUUGAAAGUGAAACUGUGUAUGAUAGAAUAGUUGCUUUAAAGGAUAUAAUUGCUCCUGAACAAAGAGAUCAAAUUGCCAAUUUAGGAUCUACUGUUGUUUCAUAUGUUAACUCUGGUUUAAAUUCAAGUGGAUCAUUCUUAUGGACUUUAACUUCAUCAGCUUUAUUAUUAGGUGUUCCAUUAUCAUUAGCUAUUUUAGCUGAAACUCAAUUACAAGAAAUGGAAAAGGAUAUUUCAUUACAACAAUCUGCUCAAGAUGUUUUAGCUCCAGGUUCUGAAGGUGCCUUUGCUGAAAAGAGAUAAAUAGCAUAGAUCAGAUAACCAUCACACCUUACCAUCCACCAUCAUCAUUUAAUGUCCUCCCCUUGUACAUAUAUCAAAUAAAUCUUAUUAGUUUCGUGAUGUAUUUAUCUAU